AUGAAGGAGGAAGAGAGAACUAAUACAGUGCAUGAGAUCCAGGAGCCUGACUACAACCUUGGAGAGAAAUACGAGAGACCCAAGGAUGAUCAAAAGGAAGAGUUCAACACGUGGGUCAAUAGUAUGUACGUCUUCUUUGUGAACACGCUCUUUCACGCGUAUAAACGUGAAGAAGUUAUCAAGGAGAAAAUAAGGGAAGAGAGGUUACGCAGCACAGCGCGGGCCCAGCAGCGGAAGAUGGAAGAUGACGAACUGGAAGCAAGGCUGAAGAUGUUUAUCUUGAGAGAGGAAGAAGCCAAGAGACAAGACUGUGAGGUGGACAUCAUGGUGAUCAAGGAGCCAGUGGACGUGUCAUCCUCUCACCUCACACGGGACCCUCCCAAGGAGGACGUGAACGUGUCCCCAUCCAGCAAGACCAUCACCAGCAAGAAGAAGAAAAAGUAGCGAGCCACGAAGACACACACAGAGGCUUAGGACGGCACAUGCUGUAAGAUUUCCUGAGCAUUACAGUUCUUAGCACUGUACUCGUUGCAGUGUUUUAAAAUACCGCCUGGCCCACUGCAUCUCAGGUUUCCUACAUGGCUAGAUUAUGGGAGUUUGAGACCAGCCUGGGCAACACAGUGAGACCCCGUCUCUACAACAUUAAAAAAUUAGCCGA